AUCAACACGGCAACUCUCGCGGUAGUUCUAGACGAAACCGACUGAGCAAACAUUUCGUUCCCUUUCAUUUUCCGUGACUUUAUCACCUAGGAGGUUGCAUCCAAAAUGUCUGCGGUUCCUGUUCAGAGAGUAUUCUUUGGCAGCUCUCAGGAGAGGAGACUGUUUCCUCUCCAUUACGCACCGGACCGGCUGGGAAACCAAAUGUCGCGACAGGAAGAGCCAUGUCUCGGGCCUGGGUGCUAUGACAACCACAAGUUUGGCACCAUAGUUGAUGACUUAGAGAAGACCCCUGGCAGUAAGAAAGGAUAUGGUCUCUCUGCAAGGACUGCUACACGCUUUCCAACCUUUAAAAAGGCCCAGACCCCUUCACCCCAGCAGUACCAGCAGGAUCAACACACGUUCAAAAUACCUGCACCCAGCAAAAUACCGUUCAGCUCGACCACUCGGAGGUUCUUCAGCAUUCCACACACAGCGGAGGGGAGUCCAGGUCCCGGAACGUACGCUCACGACGCAGUGAUAAACAAAAAAGUGAGCUGGCCAAUGUGCUUCGGGAGCCCAGACUGGUCCAGACUGCCUCAACUGGAGAAGAAGUCACUGAGGGUGAAGCUAAGCAAUGAGAAGGAGUUCAUCAAGCAGAGGAACAGACUGGCCUACCUCAGUUUGUAUUAUUAAAGCUAGAGCUCAUGGAUGAAUGACAGACGCCUUUA